AAAGUUCUCGUCGAGGACUCCCAAAGUGAUGACUCGUAUUGCACUCCCGGAGUCGUUUCCACACGCCGUCAGGCCGCCAUCAUCUCAGCUUCUUCGUCGCCUCAGUACAAAACACCAGCGUCUGGCUUCUUUCCAUGCCAAUCUGCCAAGCAGUUCACUCUGAGUCCAAGUCCCUUGACCGAAUUGAAUUCGAGUUCAGCUGCAAUAGGGGACAUUAGAACUAGAAAGCCGAGUCGAUUUGAUCAGGUAGGCGCGCUAUUACCCACCUUUUUUUGA